AUGAAGAUGGGUGUUUUUACCAGUGGUAUUAUAUUGGGUUUAACCUGGCUUGUUAUUGACGGUCAUGUGAACGAGAGGUAUAAACGAGUGUGUUAUUUCCCCUCGUGGAAACAGUAUAAACCUGGUGCUGAUAAAUUCUCCAUAGAUGAUCUCUCUGACCCUUCACUAUGUACCCAUAUAGUGGUAGCUUUCGCUGGACUUAACUCGGAGACGUUCACUAUUAAACCUUUAGAAAGUGGAGCGGAUGGAUUGAGAGGUUCUUGGAGAAAUAUAACUAGAGUAAAGAUACUAUACCCUAACGUGAAUAUAUUGUUAGCUAUUGGAGGAUACAACUAUGGUUCUUUACCAUUCUCUAAGCUAGUGGAGACUGACGAAGGAAUCAAGAGAUUUGCAGAGAAUGUAGUUCCGUAUCUUAGAACUAAUCUAUUCGAUGGUUUAGAUAUAGAUUGGGAAUACCCUGGUCAGAAAGGUAGUCCAUAUACUGAUAGAUAUAGAUAUACCAAAUUGUUAAAGAAAUUAUAUGAUAAAUUCGACGAAGAAACAACACAGACUGGAUCACCGAGACUGUUAUUAAGCUUAGCAGUGUCGGUAGAUAAAUAUAUUGUUGAUGAAGGAUAUGAAGUGAGGGACAUAGCCAGAUAUGUGGAUUUUGUGAAUCUGAUGACGUAUGAUAUGUAUGGCGAUUGGGCGAAUGUGAUUGGUCAUCAUUCUGCUCUGUAUGGUAAACCUUCAGACACACCAUAUAUGGCAGUCAGAAAUGUAAAUUGGGUAGUAAGUUACUGGAUAAAGCUCGGAAUGCCAGCCGAGAAACUUGUGGUAGGAAUACCAUUCUAUGGACGAUCGUUUGCCAUUACUAAUCAUACAGGCAGUAUUUUAGGCUCGGCUUUUACAUCUGCUGGUAUUGGUGGACCCUUUACUAGUAAAAAUGGUUUGAUAGGAGCUUUCGAGCUAUGUCAGAUAUUAGCUGAUCCUAAAUACAGAAUACAGUGGGAUUAUGAAGCCCUAGUACCAUCAGCUUAUAGUACAUCAGAUUGGAUUGGGUAUGAUGAUCAAAAAUCAAUCAGAUUAAAGUGUGAUUAUGUGAAAUCUAAUAAUUUAGGAGGUGUAAUGGUGUGGGAUAUCUCGCUCGACGACUUCAGUGGAGCAUUCUGUCAUCAGGGAAAAUUUCCAUUAUUACGGGAAAUAAAACGUAUGCUGGCACCAGCUCGGAAAGUGAAUAUUGUGUCCCAACCUGUGUUGACAUAUAGAGACUAUUACAGAUUGUGGUUAAACAGAUUUCUCGGUAAUGUGCUUCGCGUUUGA